AUGAUAAAGGCAGACGCGCCAGAACCGCGCGUCAGCAGCAGCAGCGCGGCCGGCGACCCGGGAGACAGCCUCACCGCCUGGCACGCGGGCGGAGGGGCCUCCGGCUCAGGCUCCGGCUCCGGCUCCGGCGGCGCGCCCGCUGACGGGCGGGGCGGCGCCGCGGCCGGCGGGGCGCGGUUGGACGCGGUGGGCGGGCUGCUGGGCAGCGACAACGACGAUCAGCGCCGCCAUCACCACCACCACCGCCACGGCCACCCCGGAUUGGAUGGGGAGGAGGACGACUUAGAAGGCAUGGACGUGGCUGGCUGCGACGACGAUGACGAAGACGACGACGAGGCGCCGGCCUGCAGCGAGGAGGGCGGCGACGGCGCGCUCGGCGGCGCGGCCAGCGGCGGCGGCAGCUUCGGCCGGCCGGGGUCGCCUGGGGUGAUGAGCGGCGCCGUGUUCGGCAUCCCGCAGUUUGGGCUCGGCGGCGGCGGGGCCGGGGCCGGCGGGGGCGCGGGCGGCGGGGCCGCCGCUCGCGGCGACAGCGCGCGUCCGCAGCUGAGCGGCACCAGCAGCCUGGCCCCGCCCAGCCCCGUCCGCGGCCCCGGCGGCGACGACGGCGGCUCGAGCAGCGGCAGCAUGCAGCACGUCGGCGCCGCCCCGCCCGGCAAUGCGCACCACAAUCCGGCGGCGGCGGCGGUGCAUCAGCAGCACCAGCAGCGGCAGCAGCAGGCGGCCGCGGCCACGGCCGCCGCCGCUGCGCAGGGCGGCGCCCCGCCCGUGUUCCGGUCCGAGUACCGCGGCGUGAGCUACGAUAAGAAGAAGCGCAAGUGGCGCGUCCAGAUCAAGGUGGCCGCCCUGGGCAAGAGCGGCGUCAGCGUAGGCUACUUUGACACGGAGACGGCGGCGGCACGCGCGUACGACCGCGCGGCGAUCGGGCUGCUGGGGCGCCAGAGCUGCCGCACCAUCCUCAACUACCCCAUGGAGGAUUACGAGAACGACAACGUGCCGGAGCUCGUAGGCAAGACGCGCGAGGAGGUCAAGGCCACGCUGAAGAGCGAGCGCGCCAAGAUGCCGCGCAGGAGGCUCUCCAGCAGGCGCCGCACGAGCAAGUACCUCGGUGUGGGCAGCAGCAACAGGAAGAACCAGUGGCAGGCGCGCAUCCUGUACCACGGCAAGGUGACGCACCUGGGUUACUACCGGACGGAGGAGGAGGCGGCGCGCGUGUACGACAAGGUGUCGAUCAGCCUCCACGGGGACAACGCGCAGACCAACUUCCCCAUAGACCAGUACGCCAAGGAUGUGCCGGCGCUGCAGCAGCGGCUGAGCGGGCUGAGCCGCGAGGAGCUGCAGCGCGCGCUGGGUGUGAAGCCCAUGGACCGCAGCAGCAAGUACCGCGGGGUCGGCAAGAAGAGGGGGCGCUGGGAGGCCAAGGUGGUGCUCAACCGCCGCUGGGCGUACCGGGAGCUGUUUGACUCGGAGGAGGACGCGGCGCGCGCGUACGACGGCGCGAUCUGGCGCCUGCGGCCGCGCGACGCGCGGUCCUACGUCAACUUCAAGGACUCGUGCCCGCAGGACGUGGCGGAGGUGCUGCAGCGCGCCUUCAAGGACCACCAGCCUGUGCCGCUGCACGCGAGCGGGCUGCCGCUGACGGCCGCGCCGCUGGUUGAGGCCGGGCUGCUCUAUGAUGAGGAGGGUGCCAGCAUACGCACCUCACAGCACAGGAUGGCCCGCAUCGUGUCGGCUGGCGACCUGGCGACCAUUGGUGACGUGGUGGCGGCCACCAGCAGCGACCCCUCUGGCGCCCAGGACGCCUCAUGCGCCGCCAGCGGCGGCACACCCACCGCCGACGCGCGCGGCGCGGGCGUGCGGUUGGCGCCGUUCGCCGGCGCUUCGCCGGUUGAUCAGCAGCAGCAGCUGCUGCGGCAGCAACAGCAGCAGCAGCAGCAGCUGCAGCAGCAGCAGCAGCAGCAGCAGCUGCAGCAGCAGCAGCAGCAGCAGCAGCAGCAGCAGCUGCAACAGCAGCGUGCGGUUGCGGCGGCUGCAGUGGCCGCCGGGGCGCCAAUCAGCCUCCAUCACCCCCUCAGCCAGGCGGCCCACCCACUGGGGCUAGGCAGCGGCGGCAGCGGGGGCGGCGCCGCCGUAGCAGCAGCGGCGGCAGCCGCGGCGGCGGCGGCAGGGGCGGCGCCGGCCGGCCUGGGCUUCCAUGCGGAGCAACCAGGCCUGGCCGGCCCCGGCAGCAGCGCCCUCGCGCCCAUCGGUGGCGCCGCCGGCGCCGCUGCUCUCGGCGGCCUGGGCGGCGGCCUCGCGGGUCUCCCCCUGUACGGCGGCUCUGCGCAGCACUACCACCCCCACCUGUCCGCGUCGCCUGCGUUUGGCGGCGCCGCCGACGCGGGGUCCCCCCACCUGCGGCUGGGCGGGCUGGCGGGCGGCCUGGGGCUGCAGGGGCCCCACCAGCGGCCGGGGCUCGGCGCAGGGGAGGGGGGCAUCCAGGGCGUGCCCUCCAGCCUCGGCCUCGGCGCGCUGCCCGGCCUGCAUCACGCGCACGCCGCGCACCAGCCCGGCGGGGUGGUCAAGGUGGAGGGCGGCUACUGGGGCUCAGACCACCUGGCCUCCAACGGCGGCGCCGCGGUGGCGGCGGUCGCCUCGAUCGGGCGCUCGCGCUCCAUCGGCAGCUUUGCGCUGAGCGGGGGCGACAUGUCCCCCCUGCACCACCUGCCGCAGCAGCAUCAGCAGCCCACAGUGGCCACGGCCACCAUGCUCCAGCAGCAGCACCAGCAGUUGCAGCGCCAGGCCAGCAGCAGCGACGGCAGCCCGCCCUUCGCCGCGCCGCACGCCGCCAGCGCUGCCGCGGUAGCCGCGGCUGCAGCUGCGGCCGCGGCGCGGCCGUUGCUGGUGCGCGUGGGCAGCGAGCAGCACCUCAUAGCGCCGCAGCCGACGCAGCUGGCUCUGAAGGGGCUGUCGCGCAUCGCCAGUGAGAGCUGCCUGGGCAGCAUGGUGCCUCUCGGCCCGGGCGCUGGCGGCCUGCUAGGCGGCGGCGCCAGCGGCGAGGGCGGCGGCGGCGGCGGCGGCGCGCUGGCGGCGCGGCAGCAGUCGGUGCAGCAGCAGGCGCUGCUGCUGCACCAGCAGCACUUGCAGCAGCAGCAGGCGCUGUACAGGGAGCACCAGCAGCAGCAGCUCGGCCUGCUGCUGCAGCAGCAGCAGCAACAGCAGAUGGCGCACCACCACCAGCAGGCCCAGCAGCAACAGCAACAGCAGCAGCAGCAGCAGCAGCAGCAGCAGCAGCAGCAGCAGCAGCAGCAGCAGCAGCGUGGCGUCCAUGGCCAGGGUCACCUGUUGCUGCAGCGGUCGCACUCUGUGGCGGUCAUGGGCGGCCUCGAGGCCAUCGACGAGCGCGGGGCUACGUGCACAUUCCAGGCGCUGCCAGGCUCAGUGCGCGGCGCAGGCAUGGCGCUGGGGGGCGGCGCGGGCGGCCUCGGCCCGGGGCUGCCGCCGCUGUCGCCAGAGUUGAUGAUGGGCGGCAGCGGCGGCGGCAUGGGGGCCCUGCCGGCGCACCUGAGCUGCGGCGUGCCGCAGGGCUACGGCGCCCGCACGCCGGGGCUGCAGCAGCACGCGCCGCCGGCGCUCGCGCUCGGCGGCGGCCACUCGCCCCUGCCCGCCGUGCCGCCGCUCGGCCUCAAGCCCGGCGGUGGCCCCGCGGCCAUCGCGCUGACGGCAUGGGCGCCGGGCGGCGCGGCGGAGGCGCAGCACGCGCAGCACGCGCCGCCGGCGCGGCCGCACUCUCCGUUUGGCCUCCACGGGUCUGUCCAGAUCGGGGGUGAGGACCUCGACAUGGCACUGGCCUUCCUGUCAGACGGCCCCGGCGGCAGCGCGCGGCCCUCAGAGGCGGGCGGGGACGGCGCCGCGCGCAUGGACGAGACGGCUGGGUGA